CCCGCUGUGUAACCGCUACCUGGAUGGUCAAGGGUCGUUUCCCUGUCUAAUAGAAUCGUACCAUAUAGUUGUUACAAGCCAACAGCGACAUUCACAAACCAUCGAAUUCGAUCAGUAACAAACAAAACCAGCAUCAUGGGCAAGAAGACAAGAGCACCAUGCUACGUCCUGGGCGUCGGCAUGACCAAAUUUAUCAAGCCCAGAGGCAAAGUCGACUACACAGAGCUAGGGUUCGAAGCCGGUGUCAAAGCCAUGCUAGAUGCUCAGAUCAACUAUGACGAUGUAGAGCAAGGCAUAGCAUGUUACUGCUAUGGUGACAGCACCUGCGGUCAACGCGUCUUCUACCAGUUCGGCAUGACACAAAUCCCCAUCUACAAUGUCAACAACAACUGCAGCACUGGCUCUACAGGUCUCAACCUUGGCCGCACCAUGGUUGCUAAUGGAGCUGCCGACUGUGUCCUCGUAGUCGGGUUCGAGAAGAUGUUCCCAGGCUCUCUGCAAAGUUUCUUCCAGGACCGUACCAAUCCUACCGGCACCACUGUCGACAUGAUGAAGGCGACUAGAGGGAUCACAAACGCCCCCGGUGCUGCUCAAAUGUUCGGCAAUGCUGGAAGAGAGUAUAUGGAGAAGUACGGAGCAAAGAAGGAGGACUUUGCCGAGAUUGCAAGAGUCAACCACGAGCAUUCGAAGCGUAACCCUUACUCUCAAUUCCAGGAUGAAUACACUCUGCAGCAAGUCAUGGACUCGACAUCAAUCCACGAACCUUUGACGAAACUUCAAUGCUGCCCUACUUCGGAUGGUGGUGCGGCUGCAGUUCUGGUUUCUGAAGACUUCUUGAACGCUCGACCACACCUCAGAGAACAAGCCAUCCUCAUCGCUGGACAGUGUCUUGCUACCGAUGCAACUUCGCUGUUUUCGCGCAGCAGCAUCGAUCUGAUGGGGUACGAGAUGACAAAGAAUGCAGCCAAGGUCGCUCUGUCAGAAGCAGGCGUCUCCAUUUCGGAAGUCAAGGUGUGCGAACUUCACGAUUGCUUCUCGGCCAACGAAAUGAUUGUGAUUGAUGCACUCGGGUUGAGCGAGCACGGCAAGGCACAUGAGAUGGUGCGCAAAGGAGACAUAACUUACGGCGGAAAGAUGGUGAUCAACCCAUCGGGUGGACUCAUUUCCAAGGGUCAUCCCCUCGGAGCAACAGGUAUUGCACAGUGUGCAGAGCUGGUAUGGCAUCUGCGUGGCUGGGCCAACAACCGACUGGUGAAGGGCACGACAGCAGCAUUGCAGCACAACCUUGGCUUGGGUGGUGCUGUGGUAGUUACUGUAUACAAGCGAGCGGAUGGCAAGGCAAGCGAGUCGAUGGACUCGCAGACGGUCGGACAGAAGAACGGACUCGGAUACAACCCUGCUGUUGAAGCCAAGGGUUUCAGCAAGGACCAGGUGAACCGGGUCCGCAGCAAGCAACACAGGAGUGACUGGGCGCUGGCAGACACGGAGCGAAAGGUGGAGGCGCGAUUCUGAGGAAGGGAAAGAUGGGACCUGCCCACGGUUUAUGUUUCUUUCUUGACAGUAA